AUGGCGACGAGGAAUUCACAGAGAACUUAUCACAUUGUGGUUUUGGGUGCUGGUGGUGUUGGCAAGAGUUGUCUAACCGCACAAUUUGUUCAGAAUAUAUGGAUCGAAAGUUAUGACCCAACGAUUGAGGAUUCCUACCGCAAGGUUAUCGAGGUUGAUGGACGACAAUGCAUGUUGGAGAUAUUAGAUACCGCGGGUACGGAACAAUUCACCGCCAUGAGAGAACUCUACAUGAAAACCGGACAAGGAUUCCUCCUCGUCUUCAGUAUCACAUCGCAAAGCUCCCUCAAUGAACUCAGCGAACUCCGCGAAACCAUCAUACGUAUAAAAGAUGACGAAAAUGUCCCGAUAGUGAUUGUCGGGAACAAAAGUGAUCUGGAACAAGAUCGGAUGGUUAGUAGACAGGCGGCUUUUAAUGUUAGUCAGAGUUGGGGGAAUGCGCCGUAUUAUGAGACGAGUGCCAGGAGGAGGGCAAAUGUAGAUGAAGUCUUCAUCGAUCUCUGCAGGCAAAUCAUCCGUCGGGACAAUAAUCGAUCGACGCCAGAAUUCGAUGAUGAAGUCAAUUCGCCGGUGGAGAAAAGACAUCAUCGGAUGAGACGGUUGGGGAGAUGUGUGAUAUUAUGA